AUAGUAUACCAAAAAUAUGACUGACGUUUCACGAGUUUCCGCGCGCGACCUCGUAUCUCCAUGCAUAAAAAGAUUUUUAUCCCGGCGAAGCGUUUUUGCGGAACAAUGAUAGCGCACUCCAUUACCGCGGGUUAUCUAUGAAUUGACCCGAGUCAUAAAUAACUCGCUUCCCCAUCCCGAUAAUGUUAGAGCGACGAGCUUCUCCACCCCCGGGAGAGUGCGUGUCGUAAUGACUGCGAGGGCAUUUUCAGGAGGAGUUAAAUUCGCGCCGUGGAACGUACGUCAUGCGGAGGGAUUAAACGUGCGUCCACGAAAUUGCACCAGGUCAUGGACGAUCGAUACGCACCGCCGUAUUGUUUGUGCGGCUGCCACGCGCCGCGGCCGCCGAAACCGAUCGAAUUGCCGCCGCAAGAGCCGUGCUGCUGCUGCGAAUACAACCCCUUCAGCGACAAUUCCAAGGAAUCGGAGAUCUACGAUCUGCCGUUCGCCCUGCGAAAGCUGACGGUAAUGAAGUGCCAGAUGAAGAAAUGGCGGAUGGAGCGGCUGCAGCUCGAGAGCGAAAAUAGGUCUCUGAAACAAGCUCUACGAUCAUUCGGUGUGAAGCCCGACAGGGUAUUGGGCACUGAUCCCUUACUCGUGCAUUACCGCGAGGAAAACGAAAGGCUGCAGAAUGCAAAUGAGGAACUGGCGGAAAAAGUUCACAACCUCGGGGAGAGCCUCGCCGAACGAGAUUGCUGCGACGAUCCGUGCGAAAAAGUUAAAUACGUGAGGGAGAAAAUAGCAGCUCUGAGAGAUCGUUUUGCCGCCGAGAAAAAACAAAUGCGAGACACGAUAUCGCAUCUGAAGCUGAAGCUGGUGGAAGCCGAGGAGGAUACUUCCUGCGCGGCAUUAAAUCGUUUGAGGGCGAAGCUUCGUGAGUUAAUGAAAGAUGGUCAGAAGGCCGAUCAACAGGUGUCCGUGGUUGAGAGAUCAAUUCAGGUGGAUCUAUCAAGGACCUACGAAGAUCUGUUGCGAAUAGAGGAGGAGCGCCUGCCAACAGACGAGGAAGAAGCGGACAUGCCGACGCUGCUAAGUCAGCUUCGUAAUUGCAAGACGCUCCUGGCCGAAUUGAAGACGCGUUUGGACGAGAAGACGGCUUACGCGGAGGCUCUGCAAAGCGAGCUCGAGCGACAGAGAGCCGCGGAGUUAGAUCUGGAUCAGGUGACCGCGAUCGUGACGGACGAGACGGCCGAGAUGAGGGAAGAGGAACCUGACGUUAAGAUUACGAAGCUUCUCAAGAGCCUGCGGCAGUCGGAGCUGGGCGCGAGUAAGUUGCAGAGCGAGAUCGAAGAUAUGAGGUCCCAGCUGUAUAAUCUUGAGACGGAGAAAAAGGAACUUCUCGAUGAGCUGGGGCAGAUACGGGGCAAGGUGGCCGAGAGAGACCGUCGUAUAAAUGAACUGCAGGCGCGCGUCGAGACAAUGAGAUCCGAGCGCGACGAAUUAAACAUUGCGAAUGCAUCGUUAGACAAGGAAAUUCGAAAAACGCAGGAGGAAUUGCGGGGCGCGAGGGGGGAUGGUGACGAGCUGAGGAGCGAGAUCGAUAAGUUGAACGUUGACCUGCGUCUCGGGGAGGAAAAAUUUCAAGUGGCGCAAAAAGAGCUCGAGGGCAUGAGGGGCGAUUUGCAUAGUCUCGGGGCUGAAAAUGAAUUCUUGAAGGAGACAUUGGAAAAUGCUAAAUUGGAGACUAACGAACUUAAGGAAGAAAAUGUUGCUUUGAAAAACAAUCUUGAUAACAUGAUUAAGAAACUGGAAUCUUCGAGAGGAGAAAAUAAUGAUAUUAAGGCAAAGAUAGAUCAAUUAUUAUCCGAGAAUAAGCAUUUAAGGGACGAAUUGGAGAGGCGAGUGGCGGAGACGGAUCAAUUAAAAUCCAAAGGGGUUGCAUUGAAGGACGAUCUCGAUAGACUGCUGAAAGAGAUGGAUAAAUUAAAGGUUGAAAACGAUAAACUGAGGGACGAGAGUGCUGUUGUUAAAACCGAAAGGAACAAUCUGACGACUGAAAGAGACAAGCUGAAAUCCGAGAAUGGCCUUCUUAAGGACGACUUGUCUAGGACAAAUGUAGCGUUAGACGACGCAAAGAAACAAUUGAACAAAUUUAAAGUCGAGAAUGGAGUUCUUACAGAAGAAUUGGAGAAGGCUAAUGUAAAUAAUAACAAGCUGCUCGUGGACUUCAAUACUUUGCAGAGCGAAAUGGCAAAGUUGAAAUCGGAGAACAGAAAAUUGUUACAAGAGGUGGAUGAUGGCAAGGAAGGAGUAACGAAAUUAUUGUCCGAAAUAGAAACUUUGAAAAAGGAAAUAGAUAACACGGGUAAUAAAUUGACGAGGGCAAAUAGCGAAGUUGCAGAUUUGCGGCAGGAAGUGACCGGUUUAAAUAACAAACUGAAAGUUACAAAUGAACAGCUAAGCAAACUGAAACUAGAUCUAAGUGCAGAAACUACCGCUAAACGAAACAUUCAGGAGGAAUUAGCGGCGUUGAAGAACGAGAUGAAAAAUUUGAUCUCGAAGAUCGACGAGAUGAAGGUGCAAAAUCAUGCCCUGAGAGAAGAGAGGGACGCCCUCAAGAGGGAGCUGCUGGAUCUCGGCAAAGAAUCGUUGAACCUGAGGGCCGCGAACGCCGAGAUGACGAGCGAGAUUAAUAAUUUAAGACCGGCUAUAUCUGAUCUUCAAUCGCAAUUAUCUAAAGCGAAGGAAGAUAUUGAAUAUUGGAAGUUGGAAAAUUACAAGCUUAAGAUGGACGUAGAUAAGUUAUCCGUCGAGAACGAAAAGACAAAGGGAGCUUUAAACGUCUGUAAGGUUGGGCAUCAGGCGUUAGAGAAGGAGAUAACGAAUCUUAGAAAUGAGAAGAUUAAGCUCGACAGGGAGAUCGCGGAGCUUAAAAAUCUUAUGGAAGGACUAAAUCGGUCUUCGUUCGCCGAAAAAUCUGCUAAGGAAAUGGCGCAGAAGGAACUGACGAAGGUUACGGAUGAAGCCAUUGCUUUGAGAGAGGAACUCAAAACAUUGAAAUCUGAAUUGAUUAAAUUAAGAACAGAGAACGAUAAGAUGAGAGACAAGGAGGAGAAUCUGUCGCGUCAAGUAUUAUCAUUAAAGGCAGAACUUGAGAGCGCGAAAAGUGAGGUGUUGGCUUUGAGAGCGGACAAUGACACGUUAAAAUCCAGGAUAAAUAUGUUGGCGGCGGAGAGCGGCAAAUUAAAAGAUAAAUCGGAUGCGCUGAUAUCCGAGGUCGACGGCUUGAAACGGGAGAACGCGAGUCUGCGGAAAGAGCGACAGAAAUUCGAGGAAGAAUUUGGCAAGCUGAAAGGCGAGGGCGACGGGCAGAGGGCCGAGAUUAAAAGUCUGAAGUCCAGCCUGAUAGCCGAACAGGUAUUAUCAGAAAAAAUUAGAUUGGAAUUAUCUGCUAGCCAAUCGGAAAACGAUAGAUCGAGCGCGGAGCUGGAAAAGCUGCGGAAGAAUUUGGAUGCUCUUGAAUUGGCGAAUGGCAGGUUGAGCGGCGAAGUGGAGGAUUUAAAGAAGACGUCGAUCGACGCGCAGAACAAGGUGAACGCAUUGCAAUAUCGUGCGGCCGCGCUGCAGGAGGAGAAGAAGGCACUUCUGAGUGAGUUAGACGGUUUACGAGCGGAAGUGAGUGGAUUAGGUAAAGAAGUUGUGUCGGGUAAAGCCGCGAGGGAAGCCGCUGAGAAAAAGGCGAUCGUUCUAAGCGGCGAAUUAAUGGAGCUGAAGGCGGAGCUGGAUCGAACGCGUGUGGAAAAUGAGAGUUUGAAGCACGAGCUGAAUGACGUAAAGAAACGGUAUGCCGCGUUGGAGAACGAGAACGCCACGCUGAAAAUCGAAAAUACUAAAAUAGCAACAGAACUCGAUUCCCUCAGGUUGGAUUUAACGACAGCUAAGAACCACCUCGAUAAGUCCGAGAAUCGUGGCGGCAAGUUAAAAGCGGAGAUCGAUGAAUUGAAGAAAGUACUCGGCGAUGCCGAAACGAAGAUUAAAUUUCUGGACGGACAGCUUGUUGAAAAAGAACGGCUUGAGAGAGAGGCGGGCGACGUGAAGGCUCAGGCCGCGAUUUCCCAGGCUCGCGCCGACGACGCACGUGCGCAGCUCGAUGACUUGAUUAACGAGCUGAACGCGGAGAGAGCGGGCAGGAGUAUCGUCCUGACGGAAUUGAACGCCCUGAAGGACGCCCUGGCCAAACUGCGGGAGGAUUUAAAUAGAUGCAUGGCGGACAACGAACGACUGACAAUCGAAUUGGCCGCCUCGAAAGAGCGAGCAUUAGCUAUACGGAGGAUCGAGGCUGAAAAAAAUGAUUUGGCGAGGGCGGAUCUUGAUAAAGAGCGGCAGGAUUUAGAGAAGUUAAUGGCAGAAAACGAGAAAUUGCGGGAUGAGCUAAGAAGGGCGCGGGAUGAGAUCAAUAAAUUAAAAGAGAAUAUCGAGAAAUCGAGAGGCGACUUUAUAGGGGAUGUGGACGAUAUCGACAGGCUUGAAAAUGAAUUGGCGAAAUUGAUGAUCGAGAUGGACAAGGCGAGAGAAGAUUUAAGACGCGCGGCGGAAGAGAAUAAUAAAUUAAAAAUGAUCAAUGACGGUCUCGAAUUAGAACUGGGUCGAUUGAAAGCGCGGCCGGACGAAAUAAAAGCUUAUCCUGAGCGUGUCCCAUCUGCCGUAGAGGCUGGCGCGAUUAAACCGGAUGAAUGCGGCGACUUCGUUAAGGCGAAUGAAUUACUGAGGAAGCAAAUUGAAAAGCAAUAUGACGCCGUGCGACGCGUGCGUGAUUACGUACAAUUUGUGGACGGCAAAAUUCCCGCGAGACCGGCGAUGGCGACGACGUUGGACGACGUUGAUUUCGAGAUCGAGCGCUGGACCGUGCCGUCUAUCGUGGAGCUAUUAAAGGAAUCGCAAAAGCUAUCCGAGAACAUCUAUUUCGCGGAGAUCGAGGUGCAGAAUCUCGAUAGACUGCUGAGACUGCUUGACAAAUGCAGGAAGGACAACGAGAAUUACAUAAAGCAAUUAUCGGAGCUUGGUGUGGAAGUUACCAAGGUUGCAGGUGUGGAUAAUGGCGAUGAGCUUGCAGCUUUUGACCCUGAAUCUUGGUUAAAGUCAUUGACACUGACGCAACUGGCCGAGCUGCACGAUAAGAUCUGUAUGUUGACUUCAAAUAUGGUGCAACAAGAUAGCAGUUCUGCGGUCUACGAUCGAUCGGCGAUUAAUCGGGACCGCGAUGGCGAUCGGCUGCGGGCGGAUUACGACGCUUUAAACCGGCGGGUCGCCGCGUUGCAGAGGCAAAUAGCCGAGAAGCAGAUUGAGGCGGGAUGGAAGCUGCAGGAAUUAAGACGGACUCUCCGUCUCGAGCAGGCAAACCUGAUUCAAAUCUCCGAUCGGAUGAAUCUCGAAAGAAGGCGAAACUUGGCUCUCCAACUUACCAUGGACAAGUCGGCUUGAUGUUUUCUUUCUCGUAUCAGCAAAUGCGUUAAAAGUGACGCUUGCUUCGAGCAAGUUUUCGUUGCUGGACGCGCAGUGCAACAAGGCGAAAAAUUCUUUACAUUCCGAUUACAGAGUACAAAAUAAAGAAAACGAUACAAGA